AUGGCUGCACCUUGGCCCUCACCGACAAAGACAUGGCACGACGACACAUACCCAGCAAUCGACCCAACUCGUCCAGAGCUGACCUUGGCUGGUAAAACAGCAGUUAUUACGGGCGGCGGUAGCGGCAUUGGAGGAGCCAUUGCUCAGUCAUUCGCCAAAGCCGGUGUAUCUCGUCUCGCACUAAUUGGACGGCGACUUCAAGUUUUGCAAGAUAACAAAACUCGGAUUGCCGCCAUAAAUCCCCAAACCGAGGUUUUAUUGAUCCAGGGAGAUAUUGUCAACGGAGAUCAAGUUCAGAAAGCGUUUGAGACUGUUAAAUCCACGUUCGGGGAGCCGCAUAUUCUCGUCAAUAACGCUGCCUAUUUCGAUGGGCCAGUAUCGGCGCUGAAUGACGAUGUUGACACAUGGUAUCAGGCAUUUGAGAUCAAUGUCAAGGGCAGUCUUCAUGUAAUCAGGUCUUAUCUAUCUGUUGCAGCUGCAUCGCCGAAGAUAUUGAACGUGUCAAGUGGGCAAGCUCACUUGGAUGCAAAGUUUUUCCCCGGCAUGUCCGCAUAUCUAUCCUCGAAAAUGGCACAGCUGGGUAUGGUUGACGCCAUUCAAGCAGAGCGACCUGAUGUGUUUAUAAUUAACUGCCAUCCGGGGCGUGUGAUGAGUGAAAUGUCGGCAAAGGUUGGUAGGAAAAAGGGAAUAGAUACACUUGAACUUUCGGGGGAUUUCGGUGUCUGGGCUAUUAGUGACGAGGCCGAAUUUCUCAAGGGAAGAAUGGUGUGGGUAAAUUGGGAUGUAGAUGAGCUCAAGGCGAAAAAAGAUGAGAUUAUCAACAAUGACCUCCUAACUGUUAGUCUUGGUGGUUGGCCAUUUAAGUAG